UGUUUUCACCCGCGCGGUCAAAUAAAAAACUCAUUUUCCAAAGUGCAUUUUGUGAUCGUCCAACAUGUCCACUCGUGUUUACCGUCCUCAAGAAAGUGUCUACGACCUUCUGUCCAAGGAAGAGGUCAAAUCUGAGAGACCUCCCAGGUAUGUGUCCAAGUUCAGGCCAGCAGUGAUCCAAGAAGAGAAGCUUCCCAAGAGACCUAUGAGGACGAUGGGCCCCGCUAAAGUAGAGGCUCCCUCUCCAGAGAAUUUCCUCAAGAAACACUCAAAAGAGCCGAAACUACCAGACAAGGUAAAAGAAGGCCGUAUCAACCCUCUGAGGAAGCCUCCUGUUCCCAGGCGCACAGAAAUCCCUCCGAUGGGCAUCCAGACCAAACGAGACUUCAUAAAGACCUGCACUUUUGUAACUACCAAACCCAAGCCCAUCAGCGUAGACACCCACAAGGGCCACAGGGAGGAGCUGGAGAACUCCGGUCGGGUCCCCAAGUACAUUAAAAAGAAGGAUUUUGGUAAAGUCCCGGCGUAUCUCCAGCACCGUAACAAAGAGAAGCAGAAGGCUCAGGAGCUUUAUGACAACUACGUGAAAGAGCAGAGAGAGAAGCAGGCCAUGAAGCAGCUGUCUGAGGAGGAGAGGAGGGACAUUCUCGAGGGCCUGAAGAAGAACUGGGACCGGAUCCAUCACGAGUACCAGUGCCUGUCCAUGGUCAUCGACACAUGGUCCAAACGGGCCCACAAGGAGCGCCUGGAGGCCGACAUGAAGCAUCUGGAGAAGAAAAUAGAGAUGUUUGAGAGGUUUAAAGUCAUCUACAUCUCUGAAAACUAG